UCUGUCGGCAACCACCCCGCCAUGGCUCAAAAAGGACCAUGGCUGGGGCUCUGGCUAUCCCUCGCCGCCUUGCUUGUCGGCUUAUUCAUCCAUCGUAACGCAAGCAUGGGAGACGCUCCUUCAACCUCGCACGACCACACCGAGUGCCGUCACGCAAAAUUGUCUACCUCCGAGUCCAAGGGCGACUGGUGUCCCAAGCAGCCUGAACCGCUGAGUAGGGGCCUCGACUGGAACCCAGCGGACAGCGAUGAUGAUAGAAGCCAGGCGUACGAGCGUCUAGCGGGAGCCGUGCGCAUCCGCACGGAGACAUUCGAGUCCAUGCCGACCGACGCGUCGGACCCGCAGUUCGAUCAGUUCUAUGUGUUCGAGGCGUACCUGCGAGCAACCUUCCCAGCAGUCCAUGCCAAGCUCCAACUGGAGCAUGUGAAUGUCCAUGGGCUUCUCUACACCUGGCAAGGAAGCAGCCCGGAACUAAAGCCUAUCGUCCUCAUGGCCCACCAGGACGUGGUGCCCGUGAACCCGGCCACCGAGAGCCAGUGGGAGCACCCACCCUACUCUGCACACCUGGAUGCCGACGGCUGGAUCUGGGGCCGCGGCACGACCGACAUGAAGUCGACGCUGAUCGGCAUCCUGGCUGCGGCUGAGAAGCUUCUGGCUGAGGGCUUCCAACCUGAGCGAACUGCCCUGUUCUCGUUCGGGUUCGACGAAGAGGUCGAAGGUGAACGUGGAGGCAAGGCACUCGCGGCCGUCGUCCUGGAGCGGUAUGGUCCCCAAGGAGUCAGCCUCAUCAUCGACGAGGGGUUCACUGGCGUGUCCAACGACUUCGGCCGCGAGUUUGCCCGCGUCGGCCUGACCGAGAAGGGCUACCUCACCGUCCAGAUGAGCGUCGCCAUGCCUGGUGGGCAUAGCUCCAAGCCGCCCACUCAUACCGCUAUUGGUAUCACGGGCCAGCUGUUCGCAGCCAUGGAGGCGUCCCCUGGGCCUGUGCGUCUGGAUGAGUCCAACCCGUUCUUCGCCUACCUUGAGUGUGCGGCCAAGUACGGCGACAUGGACGAGGGGAUGGCCAAGCGCCUAAACUGUCCUGAUUGUUGGCCUGCCCUGGGGCAGGAGCUUGCAAAGGACCCCGAUAUGGCAGUAUUCCUCCGGACUACCCAGGCCAUCACAGUGGUCAACGGCGGUAUCAAGGAGAACGCCCUUCCAGAAACCGUCACCAGCCUCACCAACUACCGGACAGUCUUCUUUGAGACGACUCAAGUCGUGCUCGACCGCCUUGUUGCCGCCAUCACGCCUGUCGCCCGUGCUCACAACCUGACUCUGGAUGCGUUCGGCACGCACCCUGACGUGCAGCAGAAUGUCAUCAGGCUCAAGACUGUCGGCCCCGUCUCCGAGCCCGCCCCAACUACGCCCCACGAUGGCCCGGCGUUCGAGCUCGUCGCGGGGACGCUGCGACACUUGUUCCCCAAGUCGGUCGUUGUACCGUCUGCCAUGACCGCCUUGACGGACACGGUCUGGUACCAUGGCUCCUCGAAGCACAUCUACCGCUUUACACCAGCUUACUUCGAGCACCUCAUUGGCUUCCACACGGUCAACGAGCGGAUUCACAUCGACGCGCAUCUGUCCACCAUCCGAUUCUUCUACAAACUCAUGAGAAACAGCGUAGGGUGGGCGACCGACCGAAAGGACUCGUAACAACAGGGCUACCAGGAGCCUAUCCAAUGAAGUUCGCACAUUGAGCAUUUUAUCACCUUUCAACGCCAAGAAUAACGGACACAGUGUCACCGACAGCUGUGGUAACGGGGACAUGCAGUUCGACACCGGCCUAUGUUGCAAAAGUGGCCACUCAACCUGUC